UAUUUCGUUUUGGUAUAAGCGCAUGCAUAUAUUUGCAUACUUUUUUUACAUUUGGACACAUUUUUCUAUAUGCAUCAACAUUAAUUUUCUCACUCCUAAUGUAUGUCAGUGAACCUGAGUUAUAGAAGUGUUGUGUCCCACCCACGUAUAACAAUAAAACUUUCACACACCCUACUCCAACAAACCCAACUAUAUCUGCCCUCUUCACAAACUGUUUCUCUUCUCUUCCUUACAUUUCCACUUCAUACACUAUGUUUAUCUCAUACUCCCCAACCCAGUCUUCACUACCCUGCUCACUGUAUCAUUGCUUCCCCUCUCCCACUAUAUACCCACAUUCUUGCCAGUCACUGCAUCUUCCCACUCCCAACUUGCAACUCCUUGGUGAUACCCUGCCACCAUUCAUCUCUCUCUUCCUUACUCUACCAUCCCAUUUAUACUCUGAUCCCUGUACCUUGCAAGUAUACCCUGUCACUUGCCGCCAUCCCUUUCCUGCUCUUGCUGUCUCCUAUUCUUUCUCUCUUUCCCCUGCUCUCCCCUCUGGCCGAGUAAUCAUGUAUAUCCUCUACAGCAACAAACCUAUUUCUGUCCUCAUCUUUGAUCUCUCUCUCUCUCUUCCUCCUUCCCUUGCCCUUACCUCUGUCCAGGUAACCCUGUAUCUCUUUUACAGCAGCACAUCUCUUGUUAACUCCCACUCUCUCUCUAGGUAACUGUUUUGGUUCUCAUUUUGUUAACUCUCGCUCUCUUUCUCUUCCUCUCUCUGGCUGGGUAACCAUGGACCUCCUCUACAGCAAGGCAUCUAUUUCUGCCUCUCUGUUACACUCUAAUCUUUCAUCAUCCGGAUAAGAUUAUCUCCUCCAAUGCCUCCUUCUCUCUCAAAGUCUCUUUGUCUGGCAAAGUUACUUGAUGACCCCGCCAGUGCAGGUACCACUUAAAAAGCACCCACUCCACACUGUAAACUGGUUGGCAUUUGGAAGGGCAUCCUGCUGUAUAAGCCAUGCCAAAACUGGCCUUGCCUGUGUGAGUGCUACAUUAAAAACAUUCAACUCACUCUACGAAGUGGUUGGUGUUGGGAAGGGCAUCCAGCCGUAAAAACCAUGCCAAAACUGACACAGAAACACGGUGCAGGCUUCCGCUUGGUCAGCUCCUGUCAAACCGUCCAACCCAUGCCAACAUCGAAGGCGGACGUUAAACGACGACGAUGAUGAUGAUUGUGACAACUGCCUUUGUUUGAAGACUUACUUCUUUUAAUUUUGCUACCGAGCAAAAGUAAACCACAAACAUCAAAUGGUCUAUAUCCUAUAAAUCAUAAUGUCACAUUUUCCUUAAUCCUUGGUAUUUUGACAAAUUAAUAAGAAAUCAAGAUAUAUUCUUUUAUCCAGACAAGCAUUAGAGAGCAAUAGUUACCUUCCUGGGAAAGCUGAAAUCUUAAUUUAAUAUGAAGUUGGAACUACUGCUUUCAAUGCACUUACGUUAAUAAUCGUUUUUACAAUUAUCUAUUUCCCUACUCCGAAAACAAACUUGCAUACAUCAAGAAAAUACACUUUAUUUCAUUUUAUAAAACAUUUUUUCACUUAUGAGCAUCCGUAGAUAUAUGUAACCAGCUCGUUGAUCUCCCUUGAUUGUUAAAAGAGUCAAACAUCUCCAGUUGGAGUUCAGUUUGUUCUAUUUACACGGAAUUUGAAACCAUGGCUGAAAUUACUCCCGGAGGCAAAACCAAAAUGCCCAAAGUGGCAAAGGUUAAAAACAAGAUGCCAGCUCCAGUGCAGAUUACUGCAGAACAGCUGUUGCGUGAAGCAAAGGAGCGAGAGUUGGAAUUGGUACCACCACCUCCCAAGCAGAAAAUUUCAGAUCCAGAGGAAUUGGCAGAUUAUAGACUCAAGAAAAGGAAGGCAUAUGAAGACAAUAUCCGCAAAAAUCGAACUGUGAUGAGCAACUGGAUUAAGUAUGCCCAAUGGGAAGAAUCACAAAAAGAAAUUCAAAGAGCACGGUCUGUGUGGGAACGAGCUUUAGAUGUGAACCACAGAAACAUCACAGUUUGGUUAAAAUAUGCUGAAAUGGAAAUGAAAAAUCGCCAAAUCAAUCAUGCUAGAAACAUCUGGGACCGUGCCAUCACUAUCUUACCUCGAGCGAACCAAUUCUGGUACAAAUACACAUACAUGGAGGAAAUGCUGGAUAAUAUACCAGGUAGUCGACAGGUAUUUGAGCGUUGGAUGGAGUGGCAUCCUGAAGAGCAAGCCUGGCACUCUUACAUCAACUUUGAACUGCGCUAUAAAGAAAUAAACCGUGCACGUGCAAUUUAUGAACGAUUUGUAUAUGUCCAUCCUGAAGUAAAGAACUGGAUCAAAUAUGCACGCUUUGAGGAGAAGAACAACUAUAUCAACAGUGCACGGAAAGUGUAUGAACGGGCUGUAGAGUUCUUUGGAGAGGAUAAUAUGGAUGAAACUUUGCUAAUAGCUUUUGCCAAAUUUGAAGAAGGUCAAAAAGAGCAUGAGCGAGCUCGAUCAAUUUAUAAGUUUGCCUUAGAUGGUUUACCAAAAGAGAAAUGUACAGAAAUAUAUAAGAAUUAUACAAAGCACGAGAAACGCUAUGGAGAUCGUACAGCCAUUGAAGAUGUCAUUGUCAGCAAAAGGCGGUUCCAGUAUGAAGAGGAAGUAAAAGCAAAUCCAAUGAACUAUGAUGCCUGGUUUGACUACCUGCGUCUUCUAGAAGCUGAUGGAGAAAUGGAACAAAUUCGGGAAGUUUAUGAGAGAGCCAUAGCCAACGUUCCCCCCUCACAGGAUAAACGACACUGGCGCCGUUACAUAUAUUUGUGGAUCAUGUAUGCUUUCUUUGAAGAGUUAGAUUGUAUGGAUGCUGACAGGGUCCGUGCAGUGUACAAUGCUGCCUUAGAAGUAAUUCCUCACAGAAAAUUCACCUUUGCAAAAAUUUGGCUGUUAUUUGCACAGUUUGAAAUUCGACAAAAAAAUCUUCAAGCUGCUCGUAAAAUUCUGGGUGUUUCAUUAGGGAAGUGUCCCAAAAAUAAGCUAUUCCGUGGUUAUAUUGAUCUGGAGAUUCAGUUGAGAGACUUUGACCGAUGUCGUAUACUCUAUGAAAAAUUCUUGGAAUUUGGUCCAGAGAACUGUAUGACCUGGAUGAAGUAUGCAGAAUUAGAAGCCAUUUUGGGUGACAGUGAGCGGACAAGAGCAAUAUAUGAAUUAGCCAUCAACCAACCGAAGCUAGACAUGCCUGAGGUCCUUUGGAAAUCUUAUAUUGAUUAUGAAUUUGACCAAGAAGAAUAUGGUCGUACACGGAACCUCUACCGGCGUCUAUUACAAAGGACUCAACAUGUAAAGGUGUGGAUAAGUUUUGCUCAUUUUGAAAUGUCACUUCCUGGUAGUCAAUCCAUAAAAAAUGCUCGUGGUGUUUAUAUGGAUGCAAAUAAAUCAUUGAAGACAGCUGAAGAAAAGGAAGAACGUGUAAUGUUGUUGGAAUCUUGGUUUGACUUUGAGAAGGAGGCUGGUGAUAUUAAUUCAUUGAAAGUUGUCGAAAAACAAAUGCCUCAGAAAAUCAAGAAACGUCGGAAGAUUGAGUCUGAAGAUGGAUCUCAUGCUGGUUGGGAAGAAUAUUAUGAUUACAUCUUCCCUGAAGAAGAAGCUUCACAGCCAAACCUCAAGCUGCUGGCAAUGGCAAAGAAAUGGAAACAGAAACAAGUGGAAGAAGAUCAGGUUGAAACAGAUGAAGAAGGGGAAGAAGAUGAAGAAGGGGAAGAAGAUGAAGAGGAGGAAAGUAGCGAAGAGGAAAACCAAGAAAGUGAUGAAUCUUCAUGAUAAAAGGAGAGAAAGAAAGAGAGAGAGAGAGAAUUCAAAGGGGGACAAAUAAACUCUCAGAUGCUGUUUGAGAUUAGGGAGUGUUUGUCAAAAGAAGGCCAGUGUUCUUCACCCUUGCAAACCCUCCCAAACUGUGAGAUUGAUGCAGUUGAUGUUCAAUUUUUAUUAAUGAGUUGACUCUAUUGAGAUGCCUCACUAAGCUUAUGGAAAUAAUCUCUUUUAAGUUAGUCUUCCUUAGUCUACUGAGUUGUUUCUCUAGGCCCACUUAGAUUAUGGAAGUGGUCUCCAUUAAGUCAGCUUAGUAGUGAGGUUGUCUAAAUAUUUAAAUCCAUUUAGUUAGUUUCUUGGGGCUGUUUUUAGAGUUAGUGUGUUAAACAUGUGGUAGCUGUUUAGGCUAAGUUAGCCUUCUUCAGUACAUUGAGCUGUUCUCCCACCUAGUGAGAUUGUUGAAAAUAUGUUUGUAGAUUCAAUCUACUGUCUGGAAUUAUCAUAUCUACAUAUAUAUAUAAAUCAGAAAUAGGAAGUCCUUGGUACAGUAUUGUACAUCUAAAAAAUGAUUAAGAAUGGAUUUUCUGAUAAUUUUUUCCACUUUAAUAAUCAGAUGUUUAUAAAUCAUUAGGUAUUUAUAAACAUCUAAUUAUUAAAGUGG